AUGAAACCUAUUCCUUUCAAAAGGAAAACAGAACCAGUUGAAUUUUCCAAAGGUAAAGAAGCAAUCAGAGCUCCAUUUUGUCAACAUUCAUUGAACAAAUGGCCACAAAUUACUGAUCCAAGUCUCGUUUACAUUAAAGAAGUCCCAUUAACACCCGAAUUAGAAGGAGAGUUUAUGUCUACAUUUUCAACUCUAACCAAAAAUUAUGCAUUCGAAAAAGCAAGUGAAUUUGUUAUUCGCGAUAUCAACUCACUGGAAAACUUAAUAGAUUCUUCAAAUUCACCAAAAUGCAAGCAUAUAAUUCAAUACCCUAUUACUUGGGAUCCAAAUGAAUUCACAAGAAUAUUUACAGAUAUCCAAACUGCUCUCAAAGAUCCAGAUGAUACAAAUAAUGAAGAAGAAAACGUAUCCGAUUAA